UGACAAGCCAGUGAAAUGGCCAUAAUCGUCAAAUUUCUCGGGAGGAUCAGUCGGCAAUCUACAGCGGAGUUCGUUCGUCGCCUAGCGAUUCAUAUUUUUAAAUUCUAUUUAUUGAGUUUUCCUUUUAUAGGCGAGCAGCAUGGGUACGCAAUUACGUCGUGUAUAGAUCAAAUUACGUAAGACAGAUUGGAAACGGAUCUGUAGCUGCAGCUCCUUCGAUUUCUUCCUUUUCAGCUUACUCUCGCUUAUUCUGCCGCCAUAACCAACCGGAAAAUGGAGUUGAAACCGGGAUUGUCGGCUUUGGUCACCGGCGGGGCUUCUGGGAUUGGUAGAGCUAUUUGCUUAGCUCUGGCAGAGAAGGGAGUAUUUGUGACUGUCGUUGAUUUUUCUGAAGAAAGGGGACAGGAAGUUGCAUCCAUUAUCCAACAAAAGAAUGACAAGGUUCAUUCUAAAUUGGAGAUUCCACCUGCCAUAUUCAUAAGAUGUGAUGUUACAAGUACAAGUGACCUACAGAAGGCUUUUGGCAAGCACGUAGCAACAUAUGGAGGAUUAGAUAUUUGUAUCAACAGUGCUGGAAUUGGCAGCAAAAUACCAUUCCAUAAGGAUCAAACUGAUGGUACUAAAACAUGGAGACGCCUUAUUGAUGUGAACCUAGUUGGUGUCAUAGAAUGCACUCAACUUGCGAUAAAGACCAUGGAAUCAAUGGAAAAACCUGGUGUAAUUAUCAACCUAGGUUCUGCUUCAGGUCUUUAUCCACUAUUUGCAGACCCUGUAUACACUGGAUCCAAAGGUGGUGUUGUUAUGUUUACUAGAUCACUUGUGCCGUACAAACGUAAGGGCAUUCGCAUCAAUGUGCUUUGUCCUGAGUUUGUAAAAACAGAGCUGGCUGCAGGAACAGGAGUGGAUGAAAAGUUCUCUAAACUGUUAGGAGGCUUUGUUCCCAUGGAGAUGGUGAUUAAAGGUACUUUUGAACUUAUUACUGAUGAGAGCAAAGCUGGUGAAUGCCUAUGGAUUACUAACCGCAGAGGGAUGGAGUACUGGCCCACCCCUAUAGAACAAACAAAAUACUUGGUUCAUUCCUCAAGAAGGAAAACAUCUUCAUCGACAAUUUCUCGGAAAAUUGAUAUUCCCCAAAGUUUUGAGAAAGUAGUUGUUCAUACUCUGAGCCACAAUUUUCGUGGUGCAACCAGCAUAGUGCGCACACCAUUGAGAUUGCCCAUCAAACCAGAUCAUGUUCUCGUCAAAAUCAUAUAUGCUGGUGUAAAUGCAAGCGAUGUAAAUUUCAGCUCAGGUCAUUAUUUCAGUGACAGCAACAAAGAUCUUCGCUCUCUCCUUCCACUAAAUGCUGGUUUUGAGGGCGUGGGUAUAAUUGCAGCAGUUGGUGAUUCUGUCACUCACCUGAAAGUUGGUACUCCUGCCGCCAUGAUGACCUUUGGAAGUUAUGCUGAGUUUGUGACUGUUCAUUCAAAACAUAUCCUUCCAGUUCCAAGACCUGAUCCAGAAGUUGUUGCCAUGCUGACUUCAGGGCUAACAGCAUCAAUUGCUCUAGAAAAGGCAGGGCAAAUGGAAUCUGGAAAGGUAGUUCUUGUUACUGCUGCUGCUGGAGGGACUGGGCAAUUCGCUGUCCAGCUUGCCAAGUUAUCUGGAAAUAAGGUUGUUGCAACAUGUGGAGGCAAGGAAAAAGCCAUGCUUUUGAAAGAACUGGGAGUUGAUCGAGUCAUAGAUUACAGAUCUGAAGACAUUAAAACUGUUCUGAAGACAGAGUAUCCUAAAGGCGUUGAUAUCAUCUAUGAGUCAGUUGGGGGUGAUAUGUUUAAUUUGUGCUUGAAUGCGUUGGCAAUCUAUGGACGACUAAUCGUGAUCGGAAUGAUCUCCCAGUAUCAAGGAGAACAUGGGUGGGAGCCAUCAAACUACCCAGGACUUUGCGAGAAAAUUCUGAAGAAAAGCCAAACUGUUGCUGGAUUCUUCCUCAUACAAUAUAGUCGCCUCUGGCAGCAACAUUUGGAUACACUAUUUGAUCUCUUCUCCUCGGGCAAGCUGAAGGUUUCUGUGGAUCCGAAAACAUUUUUCGGCGUCCAAUCCGUUGCAGACGCUGUCGAAUAUCUCCAUUCCGGAAAGAGUGUUGGCAAGGUUGUUGUUUGCAUUGAUCCAACCUUCAUUGAACCAAAGCCAAAGCUCUGAACCAGAAAUGUCACCUGCAAAGUUCUAACUUUGUGGAUUGUCUGUGCAAGAACUCUCGAGUAAAUUCUUGCUCUAACACAUCCAACUUGUGCUGGAAAUCUCUUCGAUGAACAAUAAAUCACAUCUUUGGUGUCAAGGGAAAAAAUGGGAAAAAAAAAGAACAGUAAUGAGGGGAGGGCACAGAGAUCAUUUAUCCUCUGGUGGCUGCUGAGAAAUUUCCCCAAGCAGGUGUUGUAGGAAUCUCGUCACUGUGCUGUUUCAAAUUAUGGUCAGAGACUGAUAGUACUGUUUUGUAUUUUGUUUUCCAUUUGGAAGGUUUUUUUUUUCCUCUUUUUAACGUGAAGAGACUCGUGUGUAUUUUGUUAUCCCGUUAUAUGUUGCAUUUAUAUAGUUUAAUUGGUUAAGACAUAUAUUCGAAUAAAAUGUCAUAGAUUCGAAUUUCUACACCCA